AUGGUUCAGAUGCCUGGAGAGGGAGAGACAGCAAAGGAGAGCGGGUUCUUAGUACCAAGGACUAUCAAGGAAAAACGAAUAGCAAACCAAAACCUGAAACCCAGUGGAAACCUGGAAAUACCACCCAACCAAAACCUGAAACCCAGUGGAAACCUGGAAAUACCAUCCAACCAAAACCUGAAACACAGUGGAAACCUGGAAAUAUCAUCCAACCAAAACCUGAAACCCAGUGGAAACCUGGAAAUACCAUCCAACCAAAACCUGAAACCCAGCGGAAACCUGGAAAUACCAUUCAACCAAAACCUGCAGAAGAAACACAGCGGAAACCUGGAAAUACCAUCCAACCAAAACCUGAAACCCAGCGGAAAUCUGGAAAUACCAUCCAACCAAAACCUGCAGAAGAAACACAGCCUGGAAAUACCAUCCAACCAAAACCUGAAACACAGCGGAAACCUGGAAAUACCAUCCAACCAAAACCUGAAACACAGCGGAAACCUGGAAAUACCAUCCAACCAAAACCUGAAACCCAGCGGAAACCUGGAAAUACCAUCCAACCAAAACCUGAAACCCAGCGGAAACCUGGAAAUACCAUCCAACCAAAACCUGAAACCCAGCGGAAACCUGGAAAUACCAUCCAACCAAAACCUGAAACACAGCAGAAACCUGGAAAUACCAUCCAACCAAAACCUGCAGAAGAAACACAGCGGAAACCUGGAAAUACCAUCCAACCAAAACCUGAAACCCAGGGGAAACCUGGAAAUACCAUCCAACCAAAACCUGAAACCCAGCGGAAACCUGGAAAUACCAUUCAACCAAAACCUGCAGAAGAAACACAGCGGAAACCUGGAAAUACCAUCUACCCAAAACCUGAAACUCAGCGGAAACCUGGAAAUACCAUUCCAACCAAAACCUGCAGAAGAAACACAGCCUGGAAAUACCAUCCAACCAAAACCUGAAACACAGCGGAAACCUGGAAAUACCAUCCAACCAAAACCUGAAACCCAGCGGAAACCUGGAAAUACCAUCCAACCAAAACCUGAAACACAGCGGAAACCUGGAAAUACCAUCCAACCAAAACCUGAAACACAGCGGAAACCUGGAAAUACCAUCCAACCAAAACCUGAAACACAGCGGAAACCUGGAAAUACCAUCCAACCAAAACCUGAAACACAGCGGAAACCUGGAAAUACCAUCCAACCAAAACCUGAAACACAGCAGAAACCUGGAAAUACCAUCCAACCAAAACCUGAAACCCAGCGGAAACCUGGAAAUACCAUCCAACCAAAACCUGAAACACAGCAGAAACCUGGAAAUACCAUCCAACCAAAACCUGAAACCCAGCGGAAAUCUGGAAAUACCAUCCAACCAAAACCUGCAGAAGAAACACAGCCUGGAAAUACCAUCCAACCAAAACCUGAAACACAGCAGAAACCUGGAAAUACCAUCCAACCAAAACCUGCAGAAGAAACACAGCGGAAACCUGGAAAUACCAUCCAACCAAAACCUGAAACCCAGUGGAAACCUGGAAAUACCAUCCAACCAAAACCUGAAACCCAGCGGAAACCUGGAAAUACCAUUCAACCAAAACCUGCAGAAGAAACACAGCGGAAACCUGGAAAUACCAUCUACCCAAAACCUGAAACUCAGCGGAAACCUGGAAAUACCAUUCCAACCAAAACCUGCAGAAGAAACACAGCCUGGAAAAACCAUCCAACCAAAACCUGA